AUGAUGGCUCGUAUGACUGUUGCUCUAUUAGCGGCUGCGGCUGCCAUUCCUUUGGCACAGGCGGAGUAUUGCUGCAAUGUGCUUGCGGCAACGUCCCUGAAGGAUCGCCUGCUAUAUCCCAACCAAGACGCAUACGUGACACGCGAGAAGACAUACUUUGACGUCAAGCAGCAGACCAUCACACCCAACUGCAUAGUGCAACCCAAGAGUGCGGAUGAGGUUGCAGUUGCAGUCAAAGCAUUGACAGCUGCGAGCUCGCGUAAGCCUUGCAGCUUUGCUAUUCGCAGCGCGGGACAUACACCAUAUGUCGGAGCUUCGAAUAUCCAGGAUGGAGUAACCAUCGAUCUGAAAUACCUUAGCGCCGUCACGUAUGAUAAUGCAAGCACUACAGUCAAAGUGGGGCCUGCGGCAACGUGGAACGAUGUGUACGGCGUCCUGGAACCAAUGGGGCUCAUGCUUCCCGGAGGCCGAUCAUCAACUGUUGGUGUUGGCGGACUCACUCUGGGAGGUGGCAUAUCCUACUUCUCCCCAGGGCGUGGUCUGGUCUGCGACAAUGCGGUCGAGUUCCAAGUUGUUUUAGCCGAUGGCAGCAUUGUAACUGCAUCCAAGACCACGCGUCCAGAUCUAUUCACCGUGCUAAAAGGCGGCAACAACAACUUUGGAAUCGUCACCAGCAUCACAUUCGGCACUUUCAAGAACCAAGGCAUGUGGGGAGGCCUAGUCGUCUACCCUCAGUCGAACAUCCAAGACCACUUCAAAGCACUCGUCAACUUCUCCAACAACAUCGACAAGGACAACAAAGGUGCGGCCAUUGUUAUGCCAGUGUACCAGAGCUCCGUAGGCUUGGACCUGAUACUGAAUGCAUAUGAUUACGCCGACCCGGUCCCCCGGCCCGCGGCCUACAAGGAGUUCCUUGCGAUCCCAGGCAACACAUCGGACACAACAGGCCUACGCAACAUGUCGUCGCUAGCCGCAGAGCUUGCAGGAGCCACCACUCACAGCGUAUACUUCGGCACACUUACCUUUGCCAACGACCUCCGAGUCAUGACUGCCGCGCAUGAAAUCUACAAGGACGAAUUAUCCAAAUUGAAGGCAAAAGCAACCGGUGAUUGGGGCAUCUACGUUCUCUACCAGCCCUUGCCGCCCGCAUACUGGCGCGGGAGCACUGCCAAAGGCGGGAACGUGCUCGGUCUUGAACGCUUUGGCGAGCAAGUCUUGUGUCUAUACCAACCCUACAUCUCCUGGCAAGGCUCCCACCAAGACGCCCUCUUCCAAGCCGCAGGCGCAAAUCUCAUCUCACGCAUCCGCGCCUACGCUCAGAGCAUCGGCGCUGAUAACCCGUACCUCUACCUCAACUAUGCAGACAAAACGCAAGACCCGCUAUCCAGCUAUGGACCCGAGAACGUAAGGAAAAUGAAAGAUGCAGCGAGAAAGUAUGAUCCAAACGCCGUAUUCCAGAAACUGGUACCCGGUGGAUUUAAGAUUUCGGCUGUGGCGUAG